AUGACCACAGCUAAGACAGACUCAAUCCUGAUCGUGGGCGCCGGCGUCUUCGGUCUGUCAACCGCCCUUGAACUCAACAAGCGCGGAUAUACGGAUAUCACCGUUGUCGAUCGCUUUGUACCACCAUCAGCAGAUGGAAGCAGCGUUGACAUCUCGCGCAUUAUUCGCGCCGACUAUGCGGACCCAAUCUACUCUCGAAUGGCCCGGGAGGCAUACAAUGGCUGGACCACAGAGUACAAAGAUCAAUACUUCGAAUCUGGAUUCGCCUUGUUCUCGGAAACGCCUAAGAACGCAUACAUGGAGAAAUCCAAGGCUGUGAUUCGGGCGGCAGGAGGCAAAUUAGAUGAUCUCGACGAUGCUAUGGAUAUCCGCAAACUCUACCCCAGCGUUCAAGCCGAUUUUUCCGGCAUGAACGGAUAUCACAAUCCGAAAGGUGGCUGGGCCGAUGCCGCAGGCAGCAUUCAAAAGCUGGCUUCCAAGUGUACCGUGGCGGGUGUUUCGAUCAUUGCCGGGCCUCGCGGUACUGUUGUUUCCCUGCGCCGGGCGGGCUCGCGCGUUGUUGGCGUCAACCUUGUCGGAGGACAGGUAUUGCUUGCUUCCCAGGUGAUCUUGAGCACGGGCGCGUGGACUAACCGUCUUUUGAACAUGGGUCAUGCGGCGUCUUCCUCUGGCCAGCCUGUUGGCUUCAUUCAGUUGACCGAGGAGGAGGCUCUCGAGAUGAGAAAGAUCCCGGUCAUGAUCAACAUGAGCUCCGGCGUGUUCUCAUUCCCGCCCACACCGGACACAAAUGUUCUCAAGUUGGCGCGCCACGGCUACGGGUAUGCAACCGAUAUCGCCGUCAAUGUGGAUGGUGUUCAGAAGUCGCUCUCAUCCCCUAAGUUCGAAAGCAGCAAUGCGGCUACUGGAUAUUUGCCUGACGACGCGGAUGAAUCAUUGCGAAAGGGCUUGCGUCAGUUUUUCCCCAAGCUGGGCGAUCGCCCUUGGAUGAACCGUCGACUGUGCUGGUACACGGAUACCCCUAACGGCGACUUCAUUAUCGACCAUCACCCAACAUUCCAGGGAUUGUUCAUGGCUACCGGUGGAGCUGGACAUGGAUUCAAAUUCCUCCCUAUCCUGGGCCAAUAUAUCGCGGACUGCUUUGAGAACAAAGCACCCGAAGCUUUGCGCCAGAAGUGGAGAAUGAACCUGCCCCAAGGCGACUCGAAAGGGCCCAUGGCAGGCGAUGGAAGUAGAGGAGGGCCCCCAUUGAGGAAGCUUAGCCCGCUCGAACAAGCCAAGUUGUAA